AGAUAACUUGAGAAACAAAAGGAAAAGAAGGGAUAAAUUGAUUCUGAUCACAAAGAAACAUUUGACGGAAAUGAGUAAGUGGAAAGUAACUAGGAUUACUUAUGGAAAGUGCGUCAAUAAGAUUGAUGGAGUACAAAAAGAUUAUUGCGCCCACUUUUUGGCCGGGGGAGAAGAAGGAACGCCGGAGGCUUUCUUCUGCCGUGGCUGCGGUUGCCACGUUUGUUUUCAUGAGAAAGAUGUUGAAACGAGUUACGAUAGAUCCACUUCGACAGUUAGCUACACGGAAUGCUUAAAGAACCAUUCGCCUCAAACGGACGGUACCUGGGUGGAUGGUUGCAGAGAGUUUGUGGCGGCUGGAGAGGAAGGGACACCGGAGGCUCUCUCUUGUGCUGCAUGUGGCUGCCACCGAAGUUUUCACAAGAAAGAAUAUUGGUAACUGACCAAACACAUGUCACAGAAUGCAAAUACUCAACUACAAAAAAAAAGAACAUCAUGUUGUUUUACUAAUGACGUUUCAUGGAGGUGACUCCAAAAGCACGUGUGUUAU